AAUGGAGCAUGUCUAAAGACUUCUCUCCUUUGGCUGGAGAAAUCAUCAUGGAUAACCUACAGACCCUGAGAUGCACGAUCACAGGACUUAUGACGGGCCAACAGUAUUUUGUUCAAGUCUCAGCUUAUAACAUGAAAGGAUGGGGACCUGCUCAGACCGCGACACCGGCAUAUGCCUCUCCUUCUAACUGGAAAGACUAUGACGACAGAGAGCCCAGACACAAGGGACAGAGUGAAGUUUUGGAAGGUCUGCUGCAGCAGGUCCGAGCCCUUCAUCAGCAUUACAGUUGCCGGGAAAGUUCAAAAUUACAAACCACAGGCCGAAAGCAGUCAGUCUCAAGGAGCCUGAAACACCUAUUCCAUUCCUCAAACAAGUUUGUGAAGACCUUAAAACGGACUAAAGCUCGGUAG